CACAUCAAUAAGGGAUUAUAGCUUUCACCUGCUUUGUCUAUGUCACUGAAAGAGAAGGUGUUCUUAAUGUUUAAUACACUCAGUGUAAUGAUGUUAUAGAUUCCAAGUGGUUGAUUUUUUAGGGAAUUAAUUUAUGCUCUAUUUAUACCUGCAGAUCACCACAGCAGCCGAAUUUGCUGUGCAGAGGGAGGAGAUCCUCCGAGCAUCAGGCCUCAUCCCGUCACAGAGGGAGGAAAUGCUCCGAGCAUCAGGCCUCAUCCUGUCACAGAGGGAGGGUAUCCUCCAAACAGCCAGUGUCCCUUCACAGAGGAAGGGGAUUCUCCCAGCAGCUAACAUCACUGUGCAGAGGGAGGAGAUCUUCCGAGCAUCAGGCCUCAUCCCUGAAGAGAGGGAGGACAUCCGCCUCACAGCCAGUGUCCCUGCACAGAGGGAGGGGAUUCUUCCAGCAGCUACUGCAGCUACUGUCACUGUGCGAAAGGAGAAGAUCCUCCGAGCAUCAGGCCUCAUUUCUGCACAAAAGGAGUUGAUCCACCUGAUGGCCAGUGUCACUGCGCAGAGGAAGGGAAUCGUCCCAAUGGUCAGCGUCCCUGCGCACAAGGAGGGGAUCGUCCAAAAGGCUAGUGUCCCUGCUGAGAGGUUGGAGAUCCUCCGAGCAUCAGGCCUCAUCCCGCCACAGAGGGAGGGGAAUGUCCGAACAGCCAGUGUCCCAGCACAGAGGGGUGGGAUUCUCUCAGCAGCCAGCAUCACUGAACAGAGGGAGGGAAUUCUUCCAGCAGCUUCUAUCACUGUGCUGAAGAAGAAGAUCCUCAGAGCAUCAGGCCUCAUACCUGCACAAAAGGAGUUGAUCCACCUGAUGGCCAGUGUCACUGCGCAGAGGAAGGGAAUCGUUCCAAUGGUCAGCGUCCCUGCACACAGGGAGGGGAUCGUCCCAAAGGCCAGUGUCCCUGCUGAGAGGGAGGAGAUCCUCCGAGCAUCAGGCCUCAUCCCGCCACAGAGGGAGGGGAAUGUCCGAACAGCCAGUGUCCCAGCACAGAGGGAUGGGAUUCUCUCAGCAGCCAGCAUCACUGAACAGAGGGAGGAGAUCCUCCGAGCAUCAGGCCUCAUCCCAUCACAGAGGGAGGGUAUCCUCCAAACAGCCAGUGUCCCUGCACAGAGGGAGGAGAUCCUCCGAGCAUCAGGCCUCAUCCCGCCAACAAGGGAGGGUAUCCUCCAAACAGCCAGUGUCCCUGCACAGAGGGAGGGGAUCUUCCGAGCAUCAGGCCUCAUCCCUGAAGAGAGGGAGGAGAUCCUCCUCACAGCCAGUGUCCCUGUGAAGAAUGAAAACAUUCAUCCACAACCACCUUCCAUCAUCCCCAUGUUGGCACCACUGUGGAAAUGGGAUGGUGGAGCGUGUACUCCACCUGUGGAUUUCUAUUCCAAGAGAAGAGAUGUCCGACUUAGAUAUGUUGAGCAUCCUGCUAUGAUGUCCAUCACCAAGCCGGAACACUCCGAUGCCAACCCUCAGUUCCAGACUGGCACCCGGCCGGUGGCUGAGCCCGAGACCCCUGCUGUUCACAAUAACAGUGGAGGCUGGCUCAGCUGGGUCUUUGGGAGUGGAAGAGCUAACAAGAAGGAGGUUCAUCUACCUGAGGACAAAGACAGAUCUAUUGUCUGGGAUCCAACUCUGCACAGAUGGGUUAACAAAACUGAGCCCAAGGCUGAAAACAAGUGUGUACCACCACCUCCACCGAUGGGGACACAUGGAUAUCAGGGGAACACUGGCAGUGUCCCCAAAGGAGUGAAUCCCUACUCUAUGAAAGCAGCAGGUCUAUGGGGCAGCAGAUACCCCACAAUGCAUUACAACUCAAAGCCUCCAAGCCAUGGGGCUGGACUGCUUCCUAGACAGCUCUCUGGCUUGCUCCCUCCUUCACACUUUGACCUCAUGGCACCAAUGGUUGUGCCACCUGACACUCUACACUACUGAGGCCCAAGACAUAAAGUCGCCUGAAAGCUGUGUAGCAAUAAUUCCAGCUUCUGACCAAGAAUCAUGGAUACCUUUCAUGUGAGUACUCACACACCAGAUUUUUUUUACAUACCUCAGAAGGAAGAUACCUCAAUAUCUGGAAGCACUGUCUCAUGUACAACUGUUAAUGCUAUCUCUGAAAUGUCUAACAAAAUGUUGACUUGAUCGUUUCAUCAAGACCUUCUCAUCACAAGUUGGAACUAGUGGUCAACAUUGGGACAAUGCCGCCCAAAAUAACAGGGACCAACAUUUUCAUGGAGUGAGCAAGACCUGUCAGCAGAGCUCACUGGAGCAGGGAGACAUGCCGUCACCCUUUUGGCGCCUGACAAAGUACACUUUUUUUCUUCUAAAUAACACUAUAGUAACAUCUUCUGCACAAAGUUACAUUCCUAAUAAGAUUGGUGUUAAGUGAGAAAGAAUCCUAAAGAUGGUCCAAUAGGCAUGGUCUGAAGCCUCUCGUCAUCUCAGUAUGUUGAACCACCUGAUUUCCUGCAGGCUUGAGAUUCAGAUCCUGCUGAAC